UAUUGAUAUCGAUUUAGUUAAACAAUUAUUUCUCUCUUUCUGUCAUCGUUGAUUUGAUAUUCGUAAGAAGGAGACAGCGUUGUUUAAUUGAUCACCCCCUAUUAUUUUUUUUGUUAAGUCGUAUGUAUUUUACGCAUAUAUUAAAGUGUUUAGAUGAUACUGGGUUAGUGACUUUUGUGAUCUCUUUCGGUACUGAUGGCAUAUUUAGCAAUUAAUUACUUUAGUGUAAAAAAAUCUAUUAAAAAAUUUAAUUCGAAUGAAUUUCUCUAGUAAAAAAGUGUUUAGUUGAUGGGAAUAUUUUGUGUCAAUGGUUUCUUGUGAACAAAGAACUUGAAGCGACAUGUCAGUGUGUAGGGGAGGAGUGGGGGAGUUCCGUUACUGCUAUUACUACUGCGAUAAUACCGGAUUCGAAAUAUAUGAUUUGGAAUCGCAAUCAAACAAAAAAGACAUUGUUAGCAAUGGGGUGAACGUUGAAGGUGCGACCCACAAGCAAGUGGUCGAUCUCAUCAAAUCAGGAGGCGACUGUCUCACCCUAACUGUCAUUUCUGUCACACCCAAGGAGGCAGAACGGUUAGAGCCAGGGGAAGACGGAAAUGCCCCGGUUGGAGUUAUAGGAGGAGCGGCCAAUUCCCGAGCGACCGUUUACCAACGCUACGACUACACAGACAAGCGGUCACUACCCGUCUCCAUACCCGAUUACCGGAUUGUAAUGGAACGUAACACUGGACGAUCCUAUGUGGCUUUCAAUGUUCACAUGGCUGGACGACAUUUGUGCAGUCGACGUUAUAGGGAGUUCGCUGCUCUACAUCAGCUUCUGAGAAAAGAUUUUAUUGGUUUUAAUUUUCCAAAGUUACCUGGAAAGUGGCCGUUCACUUUGAGUGAACAACAAUUGGACGCGAGGAGAAGAGGUCUCGAACAGUAUUUAGAAAAGGUUUGCGCGGUACGUGUGAUAGCCGAAUCGGAUGCUGUUCAAGAAUUCCUCACCGAUUCAGAUGAUUCCUCGAAUCCAUCGCCGGUGGACUUAAAAGUUCUACUUCCUGAUAAAGAAGUGGUGACGGUUUCAGUAUUAAAGUCUACCAAUGCUGAUGAUGUUUAUCGCGCCGUCUGUGAAAAGAUCGGUCUAUCGAAGGCGGUGCAAAAGUAUUUCUAUCUAUUUGAAAUUGUCGAGUAUAACUUCGAGCGUAAACUGCAACCAAACGAAUGUCCGCAUUCCCUAUACAUCCAGAACUACUCAACAGCUUCUAGCAGCUGUCUGUCGAUACGCAAGUGGCUGUUCAAUCCUGAGAGGGAGAUAUCAGUCGUGAAGGAAGACGAAAAAGCCGCGGCUUUUAUAUUCUGGCAGGCCGUGGAGGACGUGAACCGCGGCGUGUGCGUGGCGGGCGCGCGCCUGUACCAGCUGAAGGCGCUGCAGGACGUGCGGCGCGCGGCCGACUACCUGGCGCUGGCGCGCACGCUGCCCGGCUACGGACACGUGGCCUUCCCGCCCGCGCGCACCGACUGCGGCGCCGCGCCCGCGCUGGCGCUCACGCUGGGCUGGGCCGGCCUGUCGCUCGCCUCCUGGAGCGACGCGGGCGGCGCGGGGCCCGACGUGCGCGUGUGCUGGCGCGACGUGCGCGAGUGGCGCGCCGACGACGCCGCCGCCGCCGCGCGCCUGCUGUACCGCCCGCGCGACCGCCCGCCGCGCGCGCUCGCGCUGCACACGCCCUACUAUCAAUUUCUAUGCAACUGCAUGGACCGAAUAGCGGAGGAAGCGAGCUGGGUCGACACCGGCGAAUAAAACGUCGCACCGGCCAGAAUCUACUAGAAUGUAAGAUAUCAACGGUAUUACGCCAAUGAGCACCGCCAUUUUGACGAGAUUGAUUUUACUCAUACAAAAGAAUGUUGCUGGUUGAAAAAAAAAGCCUUUUCAAAAUGGCGACGUUAAUCCUAUCUAGUUUACGUAUCAUAUUAAUGUGAUUUGUUUUUAAGUGAUUAUUUAAAAUUGGGAAUAAUUUAGACGAUGUGUUAUCUUUAAGGGUUGCCAUGAACGGAGAUACUGUGAUAGGUUCGUUUUAUCGGAUGUCAUUUGAAAUGUUCAGGUUUAUAAAUCGUGGCUGGAUUGAAAAUUAAUUUUAAACGAAUUUUUUUUAAUAUACCUUAAAUUUAUAAUAUAAGUCAAUGAAAUGUACCGGCUCUCAUGCUACGUUUAUUACGUACUUACAAAUUUUUAUACAUAAUCAAAUAUUAUUAGUGGAAUUUAUAAUCUUUUUAAUAUAAGUUUAAUGUAAUAAUUAUGUACAGCGAGCGUCCUUUGAAGCGAAUUCGGUUCUUAUUUAUAAUGCUUUUAGGUCGAUAUUUUAUUGGGAAGAAGAAUAAUUUUAUACGAACUAUUUUGAAAACUUCCGUACUUGGACAGUUCUUGCGUUCAAUAAACGAUUUUUAUAUCGAAAAAACUUAUUUAUAUAUACAUAAUGUCUUAAGUGCACUCAUUACACUAAUAGCAAGAAAUUUAACGCGUAUUUUAAUGAUAUUCGAUGCGCGAAUUUAGCUUAAAAAAUAUUUAAUGGGGGGUUAUCAAAAACUUUAAUAAAAUUAUCUGAAAUUAUUUCGACACGAGAUUAAAUCACCAGAUACAAUGUUACUUAAUCUUUUUAUUUUUAUGGUAACACAGACACUUGAAGCUUAUCUGAUGGUUAUAAUUUUAAUGGAAAUUACAUUUCUCCAAAGCAGAGGUCUUCAAAGCGUUGACCGUGGGAUUAAAUAAACAGCGUAGAUGAUUGUGCGUACCCGGUAUUGGCAAAUACCUUGCACGUUAUUCAAAAGUAUAGUGUACUGUUAUAAUGAGGUAGCUAAGGUUCAGAGUCACACCGAUCUAAAAGCUGGUUCCCAUAAAUGAAAAAUUGGCAACUUUUGAGUUGUCAAUAAAAGUUGCUACAGUAUGUCACUGUCACGUUAAAAAGCGAAAACCUCUCGUAAAAGAAACACUCCUUAAAUAACCCCACUGCUGGGCUACUUCCCCCUCUCGCUCCCCACAACAAGAAUGUCUCGUACUCACUUUCUUCCAGAUACAAUCCCAUAUUUUUUAUAAAUCUCUCCAAUAGUAUAGGUCGUUACUAUGAACUUCAUUUCCAAGCCUAAAAUAAUUACGGAAUUAAUUCCAUUUGGAAUGAUUCUAACUUGUAUUUGAAAUCAAUCGAUACUGGAUACUAGCUUUUAUUAAUUAUACUUAAAAUAUAUAAUUA